CACGAGCAGUCAUUUUACUUGUGAUUCAGUCUGUAAGGCCGGCCCAGGGAAUCGUCUUUUCCCUUCACAGGAAUUGCCCAUUUCUCCUCUUUGCCAAGUGGGGUCCUUUAAUUCAACACUUACUUAUUGUUCCGUCCUUUGUGAACUCUACAGUGGGGCACCUGUAGGCCUCAUACCGUACCUCAAAUCGUCACCACCUCAACGGGUAGUUGCGAUUCUGUUCACUUAUCUGUGAUCGCUCCUUCCAUUUUCGUCCCUUUCUAGUGUCCUGUUGGGAGCCUCCCACUGACGCGCCCGCUCACUCGCACCUUCCGCGUUGGUUGUUUUCGGAUGAGAAGUUUGGCCACUAUCCAGGGCUUCCCAUUCACUUCCAUUGUGUCUGCCUAAGGACUAUUUAUAUUUCCCUCGCUCACCUCUUCUCCGAAAUAUCUAUUCCCUCCCGGACAAUCGCUUUCGCGCAAGCCCUCCGCCCAGCAACGACAACCGCCCUACGACUGCGCGCGAGCCCACUUCGUUCAAGCGACGCUUUUUUCUUCCCUUCAUUUCGCAUCCUACCCUACGACACUCACUCCUAACCGAACUAUCGCUCGCCACCAUGGAGGACGAGCAGUUCAUGCAACAGCUGCGGAACCUUACCUGCCAGACUGUGGACUGGAGCGGAUUCGAUCCUUCGAAGUGGCGCGACGAAGACAUCAAUGACUGGGACAUUAGUGAUGACGCCCAGGGUGAUGAGGACGACAAUUAUGCAUCCGACGCUUCUAUCCUGAGCGCCCGCCAUCUGGAUCCCUUUAACGUCAAACCUGCUACUCGCCCUCACCAUACUGGCCCUACCUCCUUGCGCAUUGAGGACGUGACCGACGAGCAGGAAGAGUACCGCGAUGCUUCGGACUUGGAGAACAUCAGCUGGCCAGAAGUCAGCGUGGAGCAGGGCGAGAUCGAUCCCAUUACAGAACUCUUUACUCCCUGGAGAAUGGUUCUGGAGUAUCCCAACCUGUUUGUUGGCAAGCGCAACGGCGCGAGGGCUCGGCCUCUUUUUACGCUCGAGAGCCUACACGAAAACCGCAUAUGGGAUCUGUAAGAGAUUCUACCUCUACCGGCCGUCCAACGAGGGGAACAAUAAUCCCUUGAUCUUCGUCCCAACCUACCAGAUGCAGCACCUACUCGACGUCAUAAACAGAAAACUUGACGUAGAGUUCACGUUUCCUCGCGGACAUCAAGACAUGUUCGCCAUGCCAUUUGGGCAGAGUAAUACAGCGAAACCGCGAUUCCUUGGCCGUUCCAGAUCUGCCGAGGAAUGGAAGCAGCUUACGAACAACGUCCCGGCGCGUAAGCCCGGAGACACGUCGGAAAAUGCUCCUUUCCUUGCCAAGCAGGAGCUCACACGCCGCUUGAACAGCAUCUUUUCAAUCCAAGACAAGAGCAAGAAGACCAAGAACAACCAGUACAAGCGAAGCAAUCUUCACCGCGCCUGGGGAAAAAAUAUCAAGAGGGUUCAGCGGUAUCUCGGUCUUCGCCGCAGAGUUUUAUCUGACCCGGAAGUGUCAUCAUAUACCCCGCUGGAUCUCACCCAGCCUACUGGCAUCCAGCCGGAGAAGUCUGUCGUGUUUGUGGCGAUUGACCUUGAGGCUUAUGAACUGGACCAAAGCAUCAUCACCGAGGUCGGCCUGGCAAUUCUUGAUACCGCGGAGAUCACAAAUGUUGCUCCUGGUGAAGGCAGCAAGAACUGGUUCGACUUCAUCAAAGCACGACAUAUUCGCGUCAAGGAGUUUUCGUGGGCCCAAAACUCCAGGCAUGUCCAAGGCCGCGCCGAAUACUUUGACUUUGGCGAGAGCGAGUUCAUCGAGGUCGCGAAGAUCGCCAGCGUUCUGAAGGAGACCAUCGAGGGAGAGUCCUCCAUCGGUGGUGAGGGAGCAAAGCGCCCCGUGGUCCUUGUAUUCCACGACCAAUCUCAAGAUCUCAAAUACAUUCGCAUGCUUGGCUAUGAUGUGGCCAGCGCGGACAACAUUUUGGAGGUGGUAGACACUCGAGAGAUGUACCAGUAUCUCAGCCGUUCGAACAACGCCUCCAAACUUUCGAAUGUUUGUGGCUACCUCGACAUUCCGUGGAAGAACAUGCACAACGCUGGAAAUGACGCGGUCUACACUCUUCAGGCCAUGAUGGGCUUGGCCAUUGACAUGCGGCAGAAGAGCUUGGAGAGGGCUGCUGCGAAGGCUUCAAAGGCGAAUACGAGUAACGAUGGUUACGUUACUUACUCUGAAUUCACCGCGACGAAGGAGGACGUCGAUGAGGGUUGGAUCAGCACCGGGGAGCUGUCUGAUGGUGGCGAACCAAGCUUGGUGAUGGCGGCGAGCACCGUCCCUAACUCCGUCGUUGAGACUACUGUGUGUGAAAACUGGGAGUUGUAAUGGCUAUGAGACUACCAUAUUUCCACCACCACUGCCCAGGGCGUAGGUGUACCUGGGAAAAGUUAGCUGAUAAACUGGAGUCGAAGCAAGGCAAAGGGGCACAGGCAGGCAAGAAAAGGUGAAAAGGGCUGCACUCCAGCCAAAGCGAGCAUCAAACCAGCAUCUGGCAAUGUUGUAACGCGCAUCAUCUAGUCUACGGCGUGUAUACAGUGAAAAGGAGAACCGCUAAACUAUUCAGUCCAUGUGGCACAGAACACAAUAAUCGUAUUGGUGCUAAUAUUUUU